UUGUCGGUCCAGGCAGCGUCAACACCUGGCUCGUAGCCGUGUUCAGUGAGCGCCCCGUUAGCCGGCGAGACUGUUUGCAGCAUUCUUGCGAAAUUGGGAGUGUGCGCGACGCAAUAGAGGCGCACUCAAGGAAAACCGGACGUGAUCCCGAACUUCGUGUCUCACCAUACUACCGUUUCUGCGGGGCUGUGACGUACGCAUUAGACGUGAUUCGCUACCUCGUGUAGUCCCGUUUUUACCGCGUUUGUGAGGUUGUAAACACGCGAGGAUGAAGGAUGAGCUAGCGGAGACCACGGACAAGAGUGCCACGGAGCAGCGUAAGAAGAGCGACGCGGAGAAACAGGACGAGGAGAUGACGGAUGCUGCGGAUGGAGCUGAUGAUGUCAAAGCAAAGCCAGCAAAGGAAUCGAAGGAAUCGAAGGAACCGAAGGAAGCGAAGGACGCGAAGGACGCGAAGGAAGAAAAGGAGGAAGAGAAGGACAAUGAUGAGGAUCAGGUGGAAACCAUCGGGGAUGGCGGUGAUUCCAAGGGUGAUUCCGAGAAUGGCGAUGAUUCCGAGGAGCUAGCAGUGAUCGAGGCGGAGGAAGUGGAGGACGACGAGGGCGAGCAAGCAGGCGACGACGGACCAGAAAUCUCCAACGACGACGACGACGAGGCGGAGCGAGCGGAGGAGGAGCUCCACAAGGACGAGCCGCACCAUGACGAACGCAAGGAGAUAGCCAGGAAGGAGAGGGAGCGGCUGAGGGAGAUGAAGAGGAGCAAGAAGAGGGAGCUGGAGGAGCUCAUCAAGCAGCAGAACGACGCCGUGCAGGCCGAAACGGCUGACAACGCCAAGGGGAGGAUCAAGUUCCUGCUGCAGCAGACGGAGAUAUUCCAGCACUUCGCACAGCAGCACGACUCGCCUGUGAAGCCCAAGGGCAAGGGCAAAGGCAAGGGCCGGGGACGAGGGAGCUCGAAGCUAACGGAGGAGGAGGAGGACGAGGAGUAUCUCAAGGAGGAAGAAGAGGCGCUGGGGGACGGUGGCAGCACCACCAGACUGCUCGUGCAACCCUCUUGCAUACAGGGCAAGAUGAGGGACUACCAGCUCGCGGGCCUCAAUUGGCUGAUUCGGCUCUACGAGAAUGGCAUCAACGGCAUCCUUGCCGAUGAAAUGGGCCUGGGCAAGACCCUCCAGACCAUCUCUCUCUUGGGCUAUCUGCAUGAGUUCAAGGGCAUAUCGGGGCCGCACAUGGUGGUGGCGCCCAAGUCCACCCUGGGCAACUGGAUCAAGGAGCUCACCCGCUUCUGCCCCGUGCUGCGCGCCUUCAAGUUCCACGGCAACCAGGAGGAGCGCGCGUACCAGCGCACCAACCUGUUGCAGCCGGGGAAAUUCGACGUGGUAGUAACCAGCUACGAGAUGGUCAUUAAAGAGAAGACGGCGUUUAGGAAGCUGUCGUGGCGGUAUAUUAUAAUUGACGAGGCGCACCGUAUCAAGAAUGAGAACUCGAUCCUCUCCAAGACGAUGCGGCUGUUUUCGUCCAACUACCGGCUGCUCAUCACCGGGACUCCUCUGCAGAACAACCUCCACGAGCUCUGGGCACUCCUGAACUUUCUUCUGCCCGAGAUCUUCAGCUCAGCAGAGGCGUUUGACGAGUGGUUCCAGCUGUCAGACGGCGAGGACCAGCAGGAGGUGGUGCAGCAGCUGCACAAGGUGCUACGGCCGUUCCUGCUGAGAAGGCUCAAGUCGGAUGUGGAGAGAGGGCUUCCCCCAAAGAAGGAGACGAUUCUGAAGGUGGGCAUGAGCGAGGUGCAGCGCAACUACUACCGUGCACUGCUCCAGAAGGACAUAGAGGUUCUCAACAGCGGGGGGGAGCGGUCCCGCCUGCUCAACAUCGCCAUGCAGCUGCGCAAGUGCUGCAACCACCCCUACCUCUUCCAGGGAGCUGAGCCGGGACCCCCCUUCAUCACAGACGAGCACCUGAUAGAAGCUUCUGGGAAGAUGGUGCUUCUAGACCGCCUCCUCCCAAAGCUCAAAGCCAGAGAUUCGAGAGUUUUGAUCUUCUCUCAGAUGACGCGUCUGCUGGACAUCCUGGAGGACUACUGCAUGUUCCGCGGGCACCAGUACUGCCGCAUAGACGGCAACACGGGGGGCGACGAGAGGGAGGCGGCGAUAGAGGAAUUCAACAAGGAGGGCAGCGAGACGUUCAUUUUCCUGCUGUCUACCAGGGCGGGUGGGCUGGGAAUCAACCUGGCCACUGCUGAUAUUGUCAUCAUAUAUGACUCUGACUGGAACCCCCAAGCCGAUCUGCAGGCCAUGGACAGGGCGCACCGAAUCGGGCAGAAGAAGGAAGUGCAGGUCUUCAGAUUCUGCACCGAGCACACGAUAGAGGAGAAGGUGAUAGAGCGGGCGUACAAGAAGCUGGCGCUGGAUGCGCUCAUCAUUCAGCAGGGCAGGCUGGCAGAGCAGAGAGCUGUGAACAAGGACGAGCUGCUCCAGAUGGUGCGGUUUGGAGCGGAGAAGGUGUUCACGUCUGCCAACACCACAAUCACCGAUGCUGAUGUGGACAGGAUCAUUGCCAAGGGGGAGGAGGCGACCGCUGAGCUGGACGCGAAGAUGAGAAAGUUCACGGAGGAUGCGAUCAAGUUCAAGAUGGAUGAUACUGCGCUGUACAGCUUAGCUGAGGGGGAGAAGGAGGAGGAGAAGCCGGACCUGAAGAAGUUUGUCACGGAGAACUGGGUCGAGCCGCCCAGGAGAGAGCGGAAGAAGAACUACUCAGAGGCAGAGUACUAUCGCCAGGCCAUGCGGCUGGGCCCUCCCUCUCAGCCCAAGUCAAAGGAAGCAAGGCUGCCUCGCAUGCCCGUGCUUCACGACUUCCAGUUUUUCAACACGGCUCGCCUCUCGGAGCUCUUUGACAAGGAGGCCAAGGCCAAGCUGCAAAUGUUGGAGCGGCAGGCAGCGAAGAAGGAGGCCAAGGAAGGGGGCGAACCAUUUGAGGAAGAUGUCGAAGACACGCCUGUUCUAACGCUAACUGAUGAGGAGCAGGAGGAGAAGCAGACCCUGCUCAAUCAGGGAUUCAAGUCGUGGACUCGAAAGGACUUCAACCAGUUUCUGCGGCUGUGUGAGAAGUACGGGCGUGAGGACCUGGCCAGCAUCGCACAGGAGAUGGAGGGGAAGACCGAGACGGAGGUUCGGGAGUAUGCUGCCGUGUUCUGGGACAGAUGCACAGAGCUGAAUGAUUGGGAGAAGAUCCUGCGCAACAUAGAGAAGGGGGAGGCGCGCAUCGUGCGGCGGGAGGAGAUCAUGCAGUCGGUGCGGCGCAAAAUGGAGCGGUACAAGAACCCGUGGGUGGAGCUGCGGAUCCAAUAUGGCACCAACAAGGGCAAGUACUACACCGAGGAGAGCGACCGAUUCAUGAUCUGCAUGAUCCAACGGCUGGGAUAUGGCAACUGGGAUGAGCUUCGGGCGGCGGUGCGCCAGUCCCACCUGUUCAAAUUCGAUUGGUUCCUGAAGUCAAGGCAGCCGCCCGAGCUGGCUCGGCGGUGCGACACUCUCAUCCGAUUGGUGGAGAAGGAGAACCAGGAGCUCGAGGAGAAGGAGAGGCAGGCGAAGCGGGACAAGAAGAGUGGUGCAAAGGCAUCUGCAGCAAUCAAAGCAGGCGGUCAGGCAGCAGCAGCAGCGACAACAGCAGCAGACACGACUGCCAGUGGAAGCAGGAAGAGAAAACAAUCGACUCUCGAGGCUUUUGUGAGAAAGAGGUAGUGCAAAGUGGACGUCUUGCUGUGUGUGGAGUGUAAAGGCGUGAACAGCCCUACAUGGUUGACAGCCCGAAACCCUGAAUACGGCGAUGCUACAUGGUUGACAACCCAAUUGCAAUGGAGGUUGUUGCAUUUUCCAAAUGGACGCCCUGAGAUAUCUUUUUAGGCUGAUUUGGGUUUCGGGUCCAGGCCAUAUCUUGGCAUUGGCUAGUACAAAUGAUACAAAGUCUUUUGAGGGACCUGUUGUUGAGAAAUAAGUCUCAAUGGGCAGU